AUGUUUUCUGAUAUUAAUGGUGAUGGAGACUACAAACUUGUGGUAGCUACUGCAAGUAAGAAUCCCUUAGAAAGUAAAAAGACAAAACAAGCUCACAGAUUGAGAGUCUAUAAAGGUACUGGUAUUAUCAGCGAAAAUGUUUUAAUGGAGGAACCUAUUGCACUCGCUUCCUACUACACUGACUACUCAUCACCUAAAAGACCUAUGAUUGUCGUCGCAAGUAGUAAUCACAUUUACUAUUACAAAAACCUACAACCAUUCUACAAGUUUACUAUGCCGGCAAAGACUACAGAAGAAAAGGAAGUGGAAAUUUGGCAAUAUUUAAAGGAAUCUAAAUAUGAUGCCAAGACUGGUUACGCUGAAUUAGCAAGACUUAGAGAUCAUAAUAUUACUCUUAGUACAAGGAGUUACGAACUUCUUUCUCUUACAUCAAAUGAAGAUAUUAAGGCGUUCAUUGAUACCAGGAAAAAUUUUGCCUUGGAGAGUCCAAAUAAUAUUACAACUCUAUCAAUUCUUCCAAAAGACAGAGAAGGAGAUGACGCAAUUGGAUGUCCAGUUGUCGGUACAGAGAGCGGAAUAGUUUUUAUCUUAACUCCCCAAGGAUCACAAAUCAUGAAAGCUGUUCAAUUGCCUUCAGCACCUGUAAAAUUUUGUAUUGCUGGUAACUAUGAUAGUGAUUAUAGAAUUACAGCAGCAUGUAGAAAUGGAAAUGUAUAUACCAUUAAAAAUGGAGAAGUGAGUGGCGUGGUUAUUGAGUUGGAAUCUCAUCCAGUUUCUAUUGUAAAAAUAGACAAAACUUUUGCUAUUGGCCUUAUGAACAAUAGUAUUCAUUGCUACAAUACAAGAGGAAAGAAACAAUACUCUAUCUAUUUACCAUCUAAUAUUAAGGACAUGGAAGUUCUUGAAAUGAGAGGCCAACGUAGUGUGAAAUGCAUAAUAGUAGCUAUGGAGAACAAGGAAUUGAGAAUUUAUAAUGGUAAAAAUUUGGUAAAUAGGAUUGAAUUAUUUGAAAAUAUUGCCAGUCUCAGAUAUGGAAUAUACGGAUCUGAGGUUAAUAGUUUAAUCAUUUCUUAUAGAAAUGGCGGUCUUGAUUUUAAAGUUAUCUCAAGAAAGGCAAGUUUGGAGAGCAAAUCCAAAACUGGUCCACCACCAGAACAGGAAGAGCCUUUGGAUUUACCCUCCAAGACUUUCCUUUAUUUGGAACAAACAAAGAGAGAAGUGGAUUAUUGCUCUGAAAUGCAUAAUGUUUUCCAAAAAGAUUUGGCAAGAAUUAGACUUCACACUGCGAGGGCAUAUGUUAAAAUUUUGACAGAUGGCCAAGGUCCAUUAUCUUACACUUCCGGAUCCUCUAUUCGCUUGACGGCCCAAGUGCAAGGACUAGGUCCAAAGUUUAAGAUUAAUAUUGAGGUUCAGAAUACUGGCAAAAAGUCAAUUUCCCAGUUAUUCAUUCUAUUUGUUUUUAAUGAAGAUCUUUACUCGGUGGAGGGUGAUGCAAGAAGAUUGCUUCUUCCUCCUCUUCUUCCAGGACCAGUAUACAGAUUUAGUAAGGCAGUAACCAUGCUUGAUCCUUUAGUUGCCCCAGAAACAAUGAAAUUAUAUGUUUGUAGUAAGGAGAGUCAAACACCUGUAAUAACUGCUGUUGUAAAUAUGCCACCAACAGAAAUGAUUGAAUUAGUAUAA